AUGGCCACCGGUGUCUACAAAGCUAUCCAUGGGUAUAAAGUCCCAACAGGAAUAGGAGAGCUAUUGCAUGAACGAUCAACUAAUUAUAAUCUUAGAGGAAAACACAUCCUUGAGCUACCCAAAGUAAAUACAAUCACCUAUGGUCUUAAAUUGUGGUGUUAUGCUGCAGCCAAGAUUUGGCACACUCUUCUGGAUCAGUUUUGUGCCGCUGAUAAAAUCAGAACAUUUAAGAACUUGAUGUCUAUGUUUGACUUCUCAAAUUUUACAUUUUAAUCGUGAUUUACUCUUAGUUUUAAUAAUUUUUUCAUUAUAUAAAUAUAGUUUUAUAGAGGUUUUUAUGAGAAAUCUCUUUCUAUUAUUAUUUCUGGUUUAUUUAUUUCCUUUUUAUGGCAUUUCUGUAAAGUAGCUAAUUAGCUAAGAACAUUUGACCACAUUAAAUAAAGAUAGUUGUUAUUGUUGUAUUGUAUUUCCAUAGCAAAAAGCCAAAAAUUACACAAUAUCCUGACUGCUGCCCUUAGUUUGAGAGAUGACUAAAUGCCAAAUAAAAUGCAACCUUGAAGUAAUAUGUUAUUGCUGUAUUUUUUUGGCAGUUACAUGUGUCUUGUACAUUGUAAUUGUUUGAUUCUAAUACUUGGUCACAAUACAUAAUUGCUUAAUGAUUAUAACUUAAGAUAACACAGAGCAUCAAAGAGGCAGAAGUAGAAAUUAUUACUAGAGGAAGCCAGCAGAAAGCCCUUCAAAUGUAGCAACUUUCGUAAGAUAAAGUAUCAUAGUCAUUAAAAGGAAAACCAAAAUUUAAAGAAAUGAUUGGAGUUAAAUUGUUCUUCCAGUGGAGGAAAAUUAUUUUGAAUCAUUUCUUCCCAAUUCCAGCAUUCUAGAAAAAGAAAUGUUUUCAUACCCCUCCCCUUCCCCCUAGUUUCUCCUAGUGUUCAUACACAAAUGCAGCCUUGAGUUAAGGACUCAGUCUACAAAACUCUCUAACAGUCAUAGACUGCUAAUCACUUUUUUUUAUCCCUUUUACAAUGGAAGAUGCAUGAGGGAUUCAAUCUUCUAUCAAUAUCUUCAGGAGGAGAUGUAGAGCACUAUUCAUUGAAAAUAUUUUUAAAGUUGAUUGGAAGGAUGGAGAUGACGAAUGGCAUCAUAGGGCAAAUGGAAGGAGUAAAAACGGAGGGAAAGGUGGAGCUUGACCAUGAAAAAAUGAAUCUUCUUAAAAGUAAGUUAAUGUUAUGAUAACUUAAACUUAUACAAGUACUAUAGAAUGGUUGUAAAACUAAGUUUUCAAACUUGUUUGUGGUCACUAGAGGACACAUUUCUAUUUAUGCUGUCAUUGGUCCAUGCUACAGUAAAUGACUCCAGUUAGUGGUUGUUUUAUUUGUAAACCUUAAAAAAUUAAUUCAAACUAUUUGGCCUGAGGCUGUUGCCACCUCAGUUAACAUGGUACCUAAAGGGUUUUGUUACCACUUUUAUCAAAGUUGUAUAGUGCAUACAAUUAGUUGCAAACCCUUGGAAACCCACACGUCUCAUUUUUCACAUGGGGUUUUGUUUUGGGAACAGAAGAGUUGUUUAUUAUAAUUUUCCCCUGACAAAAAAAAUCCCGGCUUUAAUUUUUGGAUCAAAAUCCCUAAAACACUUUUAUACAAUAAUUUUCUUUGUGCUAACUGUGUGGCUAUAGAACUGAGCAGUCAAAUUUAAAGUUCAGCAUUUGUGUAAAAGUUUGUUCAACAAUAUGUAAUAUCACAAUGUACAGCCUUGAGAGGGCUUUGAGGGUAAAUUUAAUUCCUUAGUGGCCAUCCUAAUUUUACCUGUCCCCUUCACGUACAUAUUUUAUAGGAAAAGACUAUACAUAACCAUGUAUAGUUACACCGAGCCACCAAAAUGUCACAACCCUCUAUAAUCUACCUGGCUUACAAAAGUAAAGCAUUCCCUUUUUAUCUAGGACCCCCUUUUGCAUGUCUACUAAAUGGAAUGCACUGUUUUGACUUUUGUGUUCAAAAUGUGAUGGUGCUGUAAAAAGGAUGUGAAGAGGAGGUUAUUCUGUUUAAGUUACUCCAAAAAAGUAGCUGGUCUAAACUCUUUGUGACAUAAAAUAAUAAAAUUGCAAUGUUAUGAUUACAUUAAUUUUGUUUUUCUAAAUGUAAACUCAUUGUUUUAUCUUUCAGGGGCCAUAUCAGUGAAAUUUAGUUCAGAUACCUUUACUAAGAAGUUGCCGCUAAUUAGGCAGUGCUGCAACCAGAAAUGCCCAAGUGUGAAAAAACUCCUUGUUAAGAAAGAAGCAGCAGCAGCAGCUGCACCAGCUCCAGAGCAAGAUUUGCCAAGGCUGCCUGAAGAUUAAAGUUGACACUACUUAAAAAUAAUGUUCACAUCCUGUUUGUAAUUUUUGAUUGCAAUUUUUAACUAUGGUAUAUUCAACAGCCAAUCAUGAUCAAAAUGUCGAAUUUACAAUUAAUGUGAUGGUAUGCAACUUAAUUUAAAAAUUAACAUUGUUUAAGUUUAACCCUUUAAGCUGCGAUAGAGCCAUAUGGCACUCUUGCAUAACUGCAUCUUAUUCCCGAGAGUGCCAUAGGCACUCUGAGACCUGUAUGUAUUUUGACCGAUAAAAAGACCAGUUAUAUUGUUAUUAGGCAGUUCUAUUGUAUUUCAACCAAUGGGAAAGAGUGUAAGAUUUGAUUUAAUGCUAAAAUUGUCACUAUGUUUCUCUGAGCAUCAUGCUGAAAAUCGCAGGUCUGGUGAGAUGGCAGCUUUGAGAGAUAGUGAGAGCGAAGAGGGCAUGUUUUUAGGGUUUACCGAGGAAGAUCAACAAUCCAUUGCUGAGUUAAGACAAGGAGGAAUUGUAGAUAGACAUGAAAGCGACUCAGAGUCAGAUAUUUCCGUCUCUUCUGUAGCAACUGAAGACCUUUCAGACUUCACAGACUCCGAAGGAGAAAAGAUUGAAGAAACAUGGAAUGUCAAUGAAGACCCCAUUGAGGUUUUGCCAUUUUCUGUGGCCACUGGCCCAACUUCUGGUGUCGCAGAGAAUGGAACUGCAAAAAAAUUUUUUACAUAUUUAAUGUUUCAGAAUACCUUAUAG